GUUUUUAUAUAUGCCAAAGCUACUCUGCACAAUUGUAUACGUUUUGCGUGCGCACUGGGUUUUUAAUUAGAAUGGCUAGUAGCGUUGUAUACUUUGGGUUCUACUUCUUCCUCGUCCUAUGCAUUAACAAUUCAUGUUUUUGCAGUGGAAGCUCCAAAUCCCAAAUGAGUUGCAUAGAAAGUGAGAGAGAAGCUCUUCUAAAGUUCAAACAAGACCUUCGUGAUCCUUCCAGCCGCUUGGGCUCGUGGGCUGAUGGUUCAGACUGCUGCAAAUGGAGUGGUAUUAUUUGUGAUAACGUCACCGGUCACGUCCACAAGCUCCUCCUUAGAGGUCCCAGUCACUUUGAUUUUGAUGGAAAUUAUGAUGCAUAUGAGAGGGCAUUGUUGGGUGGUAAGGUAAGCCCCUCCCUCGUGGAGUUGAAGCAUCUGCGUCGCUUGGACUUGAGCAGCAAUGAUUUUGGAGCAACCCCUAUCCCUGAAUUCUUUGGCUCUUUAAGUAGCUUAAGAUAUCUCAAUCUUUCUCAUGCUCAAUUCGGCGGUGUCAUUCCCCAUCAACUCGGAAACCUCACACACUUGCGGGUUCUUGAUCUCCAUGGAGAUUGGAGAGAUGAAACUUAUGGCAGAUUUGGUGAGUACCAAUUGGCUAUAUAUGCAAAGAAUCUUCGUUGGCUUUCUCAUCUUUCUUCAUUGCAAUUCCUAGUCAUGAGUUAUGUCAACCUUUCACGAGCAUCUGAUUGGCUAGAGGUAACUAAUUCACUCCCUUCUUUGACAGUCUUGCACUUGUCCUCUUGCCUACUUAACUUCAAUGUUCCUCUGCCAUAUCAUGUCAAUUUUUCUUCUCUAGCCGUUCUUGACCUUUCAUUUAACUAUUUUUAUGGGGGAUCCCGAUCCCCCAGUCGUCAAGGUAUUCCAGAAUGGAUUCCCAAUUUGAGAAGUUUGGCUUCUCUUGAUCUUAGUAACGCUGCAUAUGGAAGUCCAAUCCCUGAAGGUAUUCAGAACCUGACUUCUCUUGUGCACCUCGAUCUUUCAUAUAACAAUUUUAACACCUCAUCAAUACCCAGUUGGUUGUAUAAGAUGAGUCAUUUAAAUUUUCUCAACCUUGGUUAUAAUAACUUGGGAGGUACAAUAUCUAGUCACAUAACAAACUUGACAUCUAUCAGCAUGCUUGACCUCAGUAACAAUGACCUUGAAGGGAAGUUGCCAACUUCCAUGGGUACUCGACUUUGCAACUUAAAGGAAAUUCAUUUGUCGGGGAACAAAUGGAACCAAUUGAUAUCCCAAAUGCUAGAUAGUUUGUCUGGAUGUGUUUCUAGUAAUCUAGAGGUUUUGAGUAUUUUGCAUGGUCAAAUUUAUGGUCAGUUAACCAAUCAAAUUGGGCAAUUCAAGACUCUGACCCGUCUUGUUCUAUCAGAAAAUAUGAUUUCUGGUCCAAUUCCAGUAUCACUGGGAAACCUUUUGUCUUUGAGAUAUCUGAGCCUUGGGUUUAAUCAUUUUAAUGAAACUUUACCCGAAUCAUUUGGGCAACUUGCCAAAUUAGAAUGCUUGGAUAUUUACGGAAAUGAGUAUAUGGAAGGUGUUGUUUCAGAGGCUCACUUUGCCAAUUCAACGAGAUUGAGAGAAUUAGAAGCAGGUAGAACCCCAUUAACUUUGGAUGUACGUCCUAGUUGGCUUCCUCCUUUUCAACUUGUUUCAUUAUACAUGGACUCAUGGCAUUUAGGACCGUCAUUUCCAUUGUGGUUACGUUCACAGGAGAAUCUUUCUGUCUUGAUGUUAUCAAACACGAGUCUUGAAGAUGUCAUUCCCUCUUGGUUUUGGGACUCUUUUGUAUUCUCAUAUUUGGAUCUUUCUCAUAAUCAAAUGAAUGGAAGAAUUAAGAAACUGUCUGGGGACUCAGUAAUUGACCUUAGCCACAACCGCUUCGAGGGGCCAUUGCCUAGUAUAUCUUCCAAUGUGGCUAGAUUAGAUCUUUCAAACAAUAUGUUUUCUGGUUCUGUUUCUCAGUUCCUGUGCAACAGGCCGAGUGAGCAAAUGAAUUUGGACACACUCGAUCUCCAAAACAAUCAAUUAUCAGGAGCAAUAUCCAAUUGUUGGUAAACAAAGUGGAAGAAUUUGAUGAUCUUGAAAUUAAGCGACAACAAAUUUAAUAGUACUAUUCCAUCUUCUCUGGGUUCAUUGGUUUUGCUUCAGUCAUUGCACCUACGAAACAACCACCUUUCAGGAGAAUUACCUUUGUCUUUACGGAAUUGUACAGAACUAAUUACUCUAGACCUUGGUGGGAAUAUGUUAAGGGGAAGGCUUCCUGCUUGGAUUGGAACAAGGCUCUUAAAUUUACAGAUUCUUAGCCUUCGUUGGAACAAGUUCCAAGGUCGUAUACCCGAACAACUAUGUGCUCUUAGUGCUCUUCAACUUUUGGACGUUGCACAUAACAAUUUGUCAGGUUAUAUACCAAAAUGCGUUUGCAAUUUCUCUUCUAUGGUUGGAGGGGAUGAUUACCGUGGAUUUUUGUAUACAGUGAAUGGAUCAACGUCAUUCUUCAAAGAGGAUGCAUUACUCGUAAUGAAAGGUCAAGAGAUGGAAUACAUCGAAAAUCUCGUAUAUGUUAAUAGCAUUGACCUGUCUGGUAAUUUUUUGUCAGGAGAAAUUCCCACAGAAAUUACUAGUCUUGCGAAGUUGGAAUCAUUGAACUUGUCAAAUAACCUUUUAACAGGAGAAAUCCCUCAUGGAAUGGGUAAAAUGGGAGCAUUGGAGUCGGUUGAUUUUUCUAUGAACAAGCUUUCAGGUGAAAUCCCUCCAAGUAUGUCCAAUUUGAGUUUUUUGAGCCAUUUGAACUUGUCCUACAACAAACUAAGGGGAAGGAUCCCAUUAGGCACUCAACUCCAAAGCUUUGACGCAUCCAGCUAUGUUGGGAAUAGUCUAUGCGGUCCUCCACUUACCCCGAACUGCAGCAGAGAUGUUGUAACGCCCACAGCUGAGAACAAGAACAGAAAUGAAGAUGAUGACAAUGUAAUGUCAUGGUUUUACUUAGGCAUGGGAGUUGGAUUUGCUAUAGGAUUUUGGGGAGUUUGUGGUGGCCUUUUCUUUAAUAGAACAUGGAGGCACAAUUACUUUAGGUUUCUUGACCGCAUGAAAGACAGCAUCUAUGUGAAAACUUCAGAAACUACCUUCAAAAUCAGUGAAAGCCUGAAAGGCAUCAUCUUCUGCAAGGGAUUCAACAACUAGGAGCAUUCGCAGUCUUCAAGCAAAGCAUCUGAGGUUCUGGUCGUAUCUAUGCUAGUUCCAGAACAAUGUUGAAGAGAUGCAGAACUUGACUCAAAGUUUAUCUUGCUUUUACUUUAAAGGGCAGGCAGAUCAAAUUCCAAAUGCUUGGGAAAUGUGGUUCUUCAUUUGAAUUUUGAGGGGAACUAUUUGUGUAUUAAAGGCAGUUACUUUCAAUUUGAACACAAUAAUAGUCGAACAAGUAUACUUCUUUUGUUUAAACACUGGAGUAUAAGCCAGUUAACGUUAAAAGUGUGUUUCUGUGAAUGUAAGAGUAUCCGGCAGUUUAUUCUUUA